AUGAGUUUUAUCGAAACUCAUCAAGCUAUAAAAUCAUUUCAAGAAGGAAUCGCCUGCUCAGAAUGCGAAACUUCAAAGAAAGAUUUGCAAUUUCUUGGAAUCUCGUGUAAACAUGCAUUUUGCUGGGAUUGUAUCAAUAAAAUGACAGGAGACACCAAGAAAUCAAAGGCAAAAACACUUUGUAGAAGAUGUGCGAUGGAAUUGAAUUUGAAUAAAAUCAGUGGAGCUACGAUUUUGAACAAUUGUCAUAAUCUUCUCGGAGAACUUCAGGAAUAUUUGGAGAAAUAUGAGAAAAACAAAAAGACAAUGACAAAAGAAAGUUUGGCUUGCACACAAAGGAUGAUGGAAAAUUUCGAUUUGAACGCUGGGCAAAAGCAAAGAACCGUUGAUGAAUUUUUGAUGACCCAAGCUGCGUUUCCCGACGAUGCGAGUUCGACAGACGAUGAUGGUCCUAGAACUUCUUCACUUAGCCCAGAACUUGAUGCUUUUACUGAGUAUACAAAUCCGAAGCUAGUGAAAAGUGUUGAAAGACCAAGAAGAAGUUCAGUUAAACGACAAGCAUCGCCAAAAGAAAAUAUAGCAAAACGGGCAAUGAAUUUCGAUUUGUUUAGUUCGCAAAUUCCUGAAAAACCAUCAAGUCUUUUAACACCGUUUGUAAAUGUAAGUUUUUGUCAAGCUCAUGAAAACUCAAAGAAAUUCAUAAUAAUUUCAGCGCCGAAAAACAGAAUCUGCCGCAAGUUCUGCUUCAAAUCUCGGACCUGUCGCACUUUUUGCAGACCCUCUGAAAUCCUCGAAAAAAGAUGAUUUAUUCUCGAAAAAAGUCUCGCAACCAAGAAGAACAAUUUCAUCAAAAAUGGAUGAAUCAUCUGAGAAUUCAACAUCUUCUCGAUUUUCAACAGGAAGAUUAAGAUCAGAAAGUCCAGCAAGUUUCGAUAAGAUUAGUGGAAACAAUCGUCGUAGCUCAUUCGGAACUCGUCGCGGUGAAGUUGUCAUCAUAAACUCAAUUCUUCAAAAUCUUCUCCCCCAACUAAGAUCUGCUAUCGAAGCCGGAACUUGUGUGAACGAACGAGACUCCGGUAAAACGCCUCUUUAUAUUGCAGUUCAACAGGAAAAUUUGGAGGCUGUGAAGAUUUUGGUGGAAGCUGGAGCUAUUAUAAAUGCGAAUUGUGAUGUGACUUUUGAGACUGUUUUACAUGAAGCUGUUAGAAGGAAGAAUUAUGAAAUUGUUGAUUUUUUAUUGUCAAAAGGAGCAAGUAUCAAGGUAGGAGAAUAAAAAAAACAACUGUUUUUAAUCACUAAAAGCCUAUGACGUGGCAAUUCUCAGUCCCCUUUUUCAAUUUCCUCAUUUUUCCCCCAAUAUAUUUCAGGCUAAAAAUAGUUGGCAAAAAACACCGGAAGAUCUAAUUUCGAAGGAUGAUUUGAAAAUGCGAAAAAUAUUCGAUCGAUUCCGAAACAAACACAUGCUUCAGCCAGGUAAAAAUUCCCUGAAAACAUUUUUUUUUCCUUAUAAAAAAUUAUGAAAAUGUUUGCAGUGAUUCCACCGCGCCGCCCGAAAAUCUCAUUCGUUCAAUUGACUGACGAAACAAUGUUGACAGACAUCGAAAAGGCAAAAGUUCCCGGAAAAAUUAAUCUUGUCUCAAAAGAAAUGGACGGUGUUAGUCACUAUGUUGUCAGAAUUGAUGCGCGGACAAAAGUUCUUCGACUCACCAAAGAUUUUUUGGGGCCGAUUUUGAAGGCGAUUAUUCGACCGGGUUUGGUGGUUAGUUUGGAGUGGAUUUUUGCGUGUAUUUCGAAUGAGAAAAAAGUGGAUGAUGAUCGAAAUUAUAUGGUGAAAAAGGUUCGAUGGAUGGAUGGUCCGAUAAUUGAAGGAUCGAUUCAGGAAUGGAAAAAAACUGAUGAUCGAAUGACACCAAAAUUAUUUGCUGGUUGUAAAUUCUUCUUUCUUCGCGCAAAAUAUUCAUUUUUAGGUAAAUGUUUCUGGGAAAAUUGUGGGGUUUAAAAAUCUAAAAACUGAAGGUCUAAAUUAUUAAAAAUUCCUAAUUUUCCCCCAUUUUUAAGACCGUGUGACCCUUGUGGAUAUUUGUCGCGCUGGCGGUGGACAAGUUUUUUCGCGUGAACCACUCGUUGACAAAAACGACCCGCCACCGUUUCACAAUUCAAAUUUGGCACCAAUUUUCGUGGUUUAUAGUCUGAACCAUGAUGUGCCGGAAAAAUAUCGUGAUUCCACAAAAUUUACACUUAUUUGCGAUCAAUGGAUAAUUGAAGCGAUUUUGGCUUUUUCAUUGGCCGCGAAUCCAUAUUAA